AUGUUCGUCGGUAGUCGCGUCGACAAGUCGAUGACUGUCUCCCCCGUCCUGUUGCCUCCACCAUACAAAGAAGAUACAGAAAGGGCAAACGCGGUGAUCGAUCUUCGCAAAGAUAUCUGGGCACCCACCCUUCCAGUACCCUCUUUGGUGAAAAAUAUGGACCGUUUGACAGCUAUUAAAGAAUUCUUGGACAAUAUCGACACACAGGAUUCACAACAUGGCUGGAGAUUCCUUCUUGGUAUAUACCUUGUAGCACUCAUCGGUUCUGGGCCUGCAACAGACAGCCACACUGGGCAUGACGGAAUAUGUUUUGAAUACUUCCGAUUCGCAACUUGGGGCGUAUUCGUAGAUAUUUCAUUGCAGUUCAAUCGCAACGGAUGCGACAAUUAUCGCCUAGCUAAAUAA